UGGAGCCAGCCGGAGCGUAGGGACCAAGAAGCAGGAACGCCGUAGUGGGGGCACACAGACAUUUUCACCGCCAACAUGAGAUUGAAAGUAAGUAGCGAUGAUUUCGCGUUGAGACAGUGGGCAAACACGCAACUUUUAGGCCUUGAUGACGCAAAAAACACGAUCGGAGACUUUUGUAGCGCGCUAUGGAAACUGAACAGGGGACCACAAAAUUGGCUGAUUAAAUGUGUGUACGAAGGCUAUUCGCUGCCCACUACGGGGAAACUAGAACUGUACUUGAAAGAUGGAUGUGAAGUGCAGCUGGUGCGCGUAUUGGACGAUUCUGAACGGCCACAUCGCAGCGUUGAGACGAUAACGACACCGCUUCGUUCUGACGACACGUCUGAGUUUGACGACCAUUUAGCCGCCAGACUCGAGUAUUCUAUGGUGGAGUGUUAAGGCGAAUAUGAUGUACAUGAAAUGAACGGGAGAAUGAGAAGGCAAAUUCUGAUUGGGUCGUUUGUGUGGGGUAAUUUAGUGUUUAGUGUUUAUUUUUUAAGCGAACCUUACUCUAAGGGAGUGUCUGUGGGAUGGGUCGUGUCGGGAAUGAGUUUACUACGAAGACAAAGAAAUAGCACAAGUACAAGGUGAAGAGAAAGCAACGAGCUAUACGAAUGGAAGCAAGGAAUACAACCAUGAAACUGCCACCCUAGAGCCCGAAACUCGUUGAAUGAAGUCUUUCGGCUGACGAUUUUAUUUGCAUCAUUCAAUACAACAGAUUAACGUUAGUCCUCUUGAACUACGGGCCGUUCCUCUCUCACAAACACAAUCAUCCAAGCCUGCAUGCUCAACCCCUCUCACUUACUCUCACUUCACUGUCAUUACUUUUCUAGCGAACUUGCUCC